AUGGUCUACUUUGCUUACAACCACAUAGCUUUCGUCACUCUGUUGGCAUUUGCAACCGUAAAUGCAGGUGAAUCGAUGAAUGUAAAUGAAAUUCGAAGGAAGUUACACGAAAGUGAAUAUAUAAUACCGAAUGUCAUUUUAUCGAUGAAAGGUGCAGAAAAAGAACUACAUAAACUUAAGGACAAGAUUCUCAGUCAAUAUGCAGGCUUACAAGGAGAAAUAGAAAAGCAUAUAAACUGCCUGGAAACUGCAUACAAAUAA